AUGGCUGUACUAACAGCCAACGCACUGGAAGACCACGUGUCACUGAUCGUAAUGACGAUAGGAACAUUUUUGAAGACGUCUAGAACCAAUCCAAGACUCACCGCCCCUGCGAUCAGACGGGAAGUUUUCUUGAAUUCGCCAUCUCCGCCAUCCGUCUCGACCGUGAAACGACGUCUGAAUGCUGCUGGAAUCAUGGGAAGACGUCCAGUGAACAAACCGCUGAUUUCUGAAAAGAAUCGAGCCGCCAGGGUGAAGUGGGCGAAGGAGCAUCUCAACUGGACCCGUCAAGACUGGAACAAGAUUCUGUGGUCCGACGAAAGCAAGUUCCUCCUCUUCGGGAGUGACGGAAUUCAGUGGGUACGUAGACCAAUUGGGUCCAGAUAUCAACCGAAAUACCAAUUACUUACUGUAAAACAUGGUGGAAGACCGUUUCGUCGGACCACAGAAUCUUGUUCCAGUCUUGACGGGUCCAGUUGAGAUGCUCUUUCGCCCACGUCACCCUGCCGGCUCGAUUCUUUUCAGAAAUCAGCGGUUUUUUCACUGGACGUCUUCCCAUGACUCCAGCAACAUUCAGACGUCGUUUCACGGACCAGACGGAUGGCGGAGAUGGCGAAUUCAAGAAAAACUUCCCGUCUGAUCGCAGGGGCGGUGAGUCUUGGAUUGGUUCUAGACGUCUUCAAAAAUGUUUCUAUCGUCAUUACGAUCAGUGACACGUGGUCUUCCAGUGCGUUGGCUCUUAGUAAAGCCAUCUUGAGCUUUUCAACGCUUUAGGAACGGAGAAAUGCACGCCUCUGUCACGCCGAACAUUCCUGCCAACGUCAUCAUGGUCAGUCCAUUUUGA